CUCGACAAGUCAUGCAGGACCGAAACGGGAACGCAACACUCGCAUCAUCCUUCUCCCCUCGCUCGGACAGAUAGAAAUCCUGGCAAUGAACAUCUACCUCCCGGCUCAUCCCACCCCCAACCCUUCUGCUCGGUGAUUCGCAGCGCAUCGCAUCGCAUCACAUCACAUCGCAUCAUGUCCACCACCACCACCACCACGCCCCUCAAACCCCAACCCCAACCCCAAUGGCUCCGCGCCCUCAAAACCGCAGCCCUCUUCCUCCUGCACCAAUGGCUCUUAAUCGGCAUCGGCGUCGCCUGCGUCCUGGCAUACUACUUCCCGAACGUGGCCAAAAGCGGCGGCACGAUCCGGUCGGAAUACAGCAUCCUCUACGGCGCGAUGGCCCUGAUCUUCCUGAUCUCGGGCCUCAGCGUGCCGCGCGAAAAGCUGCUCCUGCACCUCCUGAACUACCGCCUGCACAUCCUCGUCCAGGCCUUCUCCUUCCUCUUCAUCCCGGCCUUCAUCCUCGCCAUCGUGCACAUCAUCCUCGUCGCCGACCCCCACCAGCACAUCGACCGCGCCCUGCUCGCCGGCUAUAUCUUCCUCGCCUGCAUCCCCACCACCAUCGCCUCGAAUGUGGUGAUGACGCGCUCGGCUGGCGGCGACGAUGCCGCCGCGUUGGUCGAGGUUAUCAUUGCGAAUUUUCUCGGCCCGUUUGUCACGGCCGGUUGGACGGUGACGCUGUUGCCGAAGGAGGCGGGGUUCGAUGUUUGGAGGGUCGGGGAUGGGGAUUUGGGCAGUAUGUAUCGCGAUGUCUUUAAGCAGUUGGGUCUCGCGGUCUUGUUACCCCUUGUUGUUGGCCAGUUGGUUAGGUGGUUGUGGACGGAUCGGGUCGCCUGGGUUUUGAAUAAGUAUAAGGUGCCGAAGAUUAGUACCGCUUGUUUGAUUUUGUUGGUUUGGUCGACAUUCUCCUCCUGCUUCGCCACCGGCGCCCUCCAAUCCCUCUCCGCGUCGAGCAUCAUCUUCGUCGUUCUCUUCAACAUCGCCCUGUACAUGUUCCUCACCGUCGCGUGCUUCUGUUUCGCCCGGCCCCCGCCCAUCCUGGCCCGGAUGUCCGUCACCAUGAAAGGCACCACGUUGCGCCCCUUCGACCAGCUGAAUCCCUACGAGACCAUCGCCGUGUGCUUCUGUGGGCCGGCCAAGAGCACCGCCCUCGGUAUUCCUCUGCUUUAUGCCAUGUGGAGUUCCCUGGAUCUGUACGUCAAGUCCAAGACCUCCGUGCCGGUGUUGCUGUAUACCACGGAGCAGAUUUGCGUGGCGCAUUUUUUUGUCUAUGGGUUUGGGUGGUGGAGGACCCUAUAUGACAUGCAGCCCGACCGUCUCAUCUAG